AGCAUAAACUACACGUUAUCCAAAGCAUAAAUAUUACUGUACUAAAUAGUGGACAUUGAAUCUGGCCAUUUCAUUCCUGCUCUGCUAUACUACUGCUAUUAGUAGCCCAGAAUGGCAGACUCUCAUCGCACCAGGGUUGAUGGCAAUGACAAAGUUGAAAAAGAGGGCACCAUCAAGAGGAGGGAGUCCAAGCCAGAAUUCUCAGAAGAUGAAGAAAUGCUUAUGGCCAGAAUGUAUAGACUGGUUGGACCAAGGUGGGCUUUGAUAGCUGGAAGAAUACCAGGAAGAACACCCCAAGAAAUGGAGAAGUACUUCACUUCCAAAAAUGCUUCAACAAGCAAUUAACCAAGGAUCUUGAGUUGCACCUAUCUAGCUAGUGUUCGUUCGUCUGCUACUCCUGGUUUGGAUUGUGCUGCUUCUGCCCCUAGCUGUGAAGAUUGUUCCAUGGAUUUUCAGCAACUCUUUUAAGUGUGUGCAUUUUCUUAGUUCUUUCUUCUCUUCAUCAGACUUUUUAUCUGUGCAUUAUGUUAAUCAGUGUUCAAUUUAUGUGCCAAUAUGUGGAUAUAUUUCCAACUCAAUGAAAAAAAACCCUGUGGUAUACCUAAUACACAAAAAAGUCACCUGUGAUUUCAAAACAUACAAAACGACACCUCAUGUGUUGAACUAAAUUGUAAACUAAUAGAAUUCGUUAAAGUUAACGAAAAUGAUGGUCUCGACUG